AAUCUUAGGAAUUAUUUUAUUUUCACUGAAUCAUCAAAUAAAUGGAUGAACUUUUAAAUAUAAUUAGUUUGUCUUACUCUUGUGAAGCGCGGGCAAAAAAAUCGUAUCAACAGUAUCAUUUAUAGUUGAAAAGUAUAACUGCAACUCAGAUUCAAAUUUUCCUGUCCGUAGAGUGAUUUUAGGAGGCUGAUGUGGCAGCCCAAUUAGGUGGGAUUUCUGACAUUUUUCGCCGCCUGCAACUGUCGUCCUUCGUUUGCCUUUGUUUUUAUGGAACGCUCCUUCUUCUUCAUCUUUCCUUUUCGCAUCUGACAGGACCGUAAUGAUAUAUGCUGCCUCCACUCUCGCCGCAUCCCCAAUGUCAACAGCGACCGAUCUCGGCGAUGAAGAGGUUGUGGACGAACGAGACUUUCAUCUCCGACAACCAGCGCAACUCCCUCGCAGGUUGCAGCUUUCCUCCAGAGAUCCGCUUCUAUCCUCUCUGUCAGGUCUGUCUUCCAAUAGGUGGCAACCCAAAAUCGCGUGACGGAGCUCUGUGCGUAUCUCUUCCCCUACCCGAUAGGAACCGCCAUUUUUGCAUCGCUCAAAGGAGAGAGAGUGUUAGGGAGGUCUGCCAGAGUUGGUAGUUUCCAUCCCCAAUUGGCCGCUUCUCUUUAACCACCACCGCCCCCAUUCCCCUCUAAUUGCAUCAGUUUCAGUGAGCCACAUCCAUUAUCAAAUUCUACGCCGCCAUCAAUACCAAACACCAAGUAAGCUUCUCUCUAUUCUAUGGCUUUCAGUCGUAUUCCUCUUUCCCAAUUUCAAUUGACGGACUGCCGACCCCAAACUGUGCGACGGUGCUCUGCGGCUUCGAGUAAUUCUGUUUAUGCAAAACCUUAAAUUAAAAGUUGGUAAUCGUGUGUAAUGAAAUAUACUCAUUCGACCAUCAAUGGAGAUUCGUGGUGUGAUGAGGAGUCCGAAGGUUUUCAAGGGGUUCUCUUCCACAAUCUCGACUGUGAAAUGUGAGGAGUCUUAGAUCCCAUACAAAUCACUAGGGCUUAUCAUGAUGGUGUUACGGUGCAUUUUAGUAAAUUUGUUUGGAAUUAAUUUCUGGUCAGUUUUGUUGUAUCUGUGUAGAUGAGGACUGUCAAGGUGAGAUAGCUAUCAGAUCUAAGAUGGUUUCAAAGAGCCUCAAGAUGAGAAUUUAGCUUCUAAUUUCCCGGUUAUUGGGAAUAGAUGAUUAUAACUAAAAUUGGUAAAUUCCUGAGUUCAAUUCUUUUGCCACUCGAUUUUCAAUAGUUUGUUCGUUUAUGUUGUCUUUAUUCAUCAUGCGUUUUUGGAAAUAUGCUAACAGAGUGUUUCCGAGCUGUUUCUUGAUGAAAGGAGGAAAUUGGAUUCAUGGCUGUUGUUGUCUCUGCUGCAACUCCUGUCGGAGCGUUCUUCUCGCUCUGCCCUACCACGUUUGCACUAAGAUAAGUAGUACAAGAUAGGUCGUCUUCUGCGACAACCCAAGGAUGGUUCGAUACAGCAUCCAACGUCGGCCUUUUCUUGGGGUCUAUACAUGCAAUUGACAAUUGCAUCAGUAAAGGACAAUGGAUGAUGGACGAUCGUAAGAUCAGAUGAAGAGGAGAACUUGGUGCCACUUUCUCAAGUUACCUUUACAAAGAAGCUCUUUGAGUAAGUACUUCAGCUAAGGAUUCAUUCUAUUAGGUAGCACUAAGGGGUUAUGGAUGAUCUGAACAAGAAAAGAAACCCAAAGCUCUUAGUUAAAACAUACUUUUGAUUUGUGAUGGGUUUAUUUUUCCUCUUUGCAGCUUGAACCCAGAAACAACUUUGAUCUUGAUAUGAUUUUGGCUAAGAAAUGCAAGUACUUUUCUUCAUUAGUUGUACUUUAUCUUGCUUUUUAGACGUUGCUUGCGGUGGAAAAUGCAAAUUUAAAGACUGAAAGCUAUAUAUGUAUGUGAUUUGUCUCUUUUGUUCUAAUAGUUUUUAGUGGUGCUUGUGUCCGAUUUUACUAUUUUGAGCCCUUUAUUCUCAUUAUAUAAAGAAAGAAACUUGAUUAUCAUUAACUGGUCCCCUGUUUUUAAUUAUUGAUGGUUUGCUUAUGCUAGCUUUCUUCAUUUGUUCCUUUGUAUGCAAAGUAAAAGUUGAUCUUUCAUGUUUAGGUUGUUGGGAGAGGAACGUGGUUCUGUGAAGUAAUGUAUGUGUAAUGUAGCUGAUGGGUGGCGUAAUUCAGGGUGUCGUCCCUCCUCGCUUUGGUUGCUUGGUUGUGACAAUUUGGCUGAAUAUUGAUGAAUAGUUGAAUGUGUAUCAUUUUAUUAUUCAUCUGUUUUUACUAAGAAUUGUUUCUAAUUUAUGAGCCUAAUAUUAUCAAUGGACAGUUGAGGUUUGAAAUGGAUGAUCGGGUGCUCUAUUUUCUGUUCGAAAUUGCGUACUGAUUUUUUUUUGUGAUGGCAUUCUAUUCACUACAAAAAAAUCAGCCUUUAACGAGGGGAAAAGAUGGCGAGGGGAGCAAAAACAGUCGUUAAAUACCAUAAUGGGAAUCCCACUAUGCUAAUACGGAGGUGUAUUAUUUACCCUCGUUAGUGGCAUGAACCACCCCUCGUUAUUGGCAAUUAAUCAGAAUAACUAUGAGCAAACUACCCUCGUCAUUGGCUUUCAUGAAAUUUUUUAGAUAGUCCGCCAAAACUAUUUCGUUUUCGCGGGUUUCGCCGCUUCAAUUUUUAGAUCUGAGAAAAAGGCACACUUAGAUCCCCCACCACUCCCCAAAAAAACAUCAAACCAUUUUUGGUCUCCCUCCUCUGUCUCACGUUGCCGAGAGAAAUCUAUCAAGGCCGAAUCAAAUCGACCUCAACAGCAUCGAUCUAGGUUUUCCAAAAGGGAAGCAAAAGCCAAUGGUGAGCAAGCUUUGCCUUCAAUCCCCCAUCCACCCACCACCAAAUCCAGCCUCCAACGCCGAUGAUUGAAGCCGCCUUCCAAUAAGGGCCUCGUGCAGUUCUUUAGAUCUGUCUACUCUGGCCGGCGGCUCUCUCAGUUGUCUCCCGCCCAGAUCUUGCCCAAUCGAGGUCCGCUUGCCAGUAAUCGCUUCUUGCUGGCUCUGAAACACUUUAUUAGAUCUGCAUGUGGUGGCUCGCCGCUUCUCCUACGAGCCUGCCUCCAGUCCCUCCUAUGGCUCCGCCAACAAAAGCUUUCUUCUAGCAAUGCUUCCUCUGCCCAUCACUUUCUCCUUCCGGAGGUUCUCGCUAUCCCACAGCUUCAUCUGUCAUGCGACGUCACACGCUCCCUGAAGAUUCCUUUCCAUUUCAAUUGAAGUUUUUCUUGCUCUAACCCAUUCUUUUGCGGGUUUUUGUUGAACGAUUUUCCUGUGUGUUGCCCCAAUUUCUUGACUACUUAUUUCCUAUCUUUUGGAUGCUAUUUUUUUAGAUGAUUAGGAUGCCAAAAAAAUCCAUGCAAGGAACUUUCAGAUUGUAUGAAAAUAGAAGCUUUUGGCUUUUAGUAUUGUGAAUUUACAUCUAUGAUAGUCGAUAGAUGUCGUUUAUAACAUUCUGUUCUUUAGCCGCAUUGCAGUUGCUGUUUGGUAUUCUCUUUUGUUUAACUGGACAAACAUGUAUGCCCUUCCUUGUAAUAACUAGUUUAGUCGUUCUUGAUCGAUUGCAGGAGAUACCCUGUGAGAUGCAGUGCACAAUCUUACUAAGCAUCCAGAUGGAAAGGUUCAAGCUACUGCAGUUGCUUGCCUCUGUCAAGUGAUAAAAUAUAAUUCAGUGGAUUAUUUUGACUAUUUGCCUCCUGAUCGGGUUAGAUGCCCUUCUCUUCUGUCAAAUGAUAGAAUAUACUUUAGUGGAUAAUUUUGACGAUGUGAAAUUGUGAAUUUGUGCUCAAGGAACAUCUUUUGCUCCUUGUAAACUAAGUGUGUUACAGAAACAAGGUCAGCUUAUCAUCAAAUGACUUCCAUCGUUGCUCUUGUCUUGAUGUUGUUGUUGCAGAAAAGAAGUCAUUCCAUAUCAUAUAUUGUCAUUAAAUAAUUAGUAUCCCUUUGUUGUGCGAUUCAUUGAACUUCGUUGCUAGAUAAUUACUAACAGAUUUGGCCUGUUGUUGUCUAGCUAGCAUUUGAUGUUAUUGAGUCAUGUAUUGCAGAAAAGCUGUGGCAACUCAUGAUCGUUCUAACUCAUGUUCGUUCACAGCCUUACCACUUUAGCGAAACAGGUUAAGAGAUGUUCUAUGAACAUGAUCGAGCUUCAUUUGUUCUUGCUAUUAAUGCACCAGAUGAGCUAAAAUGUAAGCAAAUAGUAUGUUGGUAUCGUGUGUACUAUCAUUGCUUGCUUGAAUGAUAGUAAUUGUUGUUUCUUCCUUUCAGGGGAACUAAGAUUAGGUUUUUCAAUUGCAAUUCAUUUAAGAACAGUAAAGUUCUAAAUCCUUUGACAGCUCUUGAAGUUUUGGGAAGGUAAGCGACAAUAGUCUUUUGUGCACAGCCUGUUGCAACUUUUACUAUACUUUUUUUUGCCUUUUCUUUCUUCUGUAUCUUCUUAUGAUGCUAGUUUCAGAUUCUUUUCAAUCUGUGUUUCUUUUUCCUCUGUUUUUGUUAGCGGUAUCUUUACAGAACUUCUGUUUUGUUGUGUAAUCCACUUAUAUCAUCGUCAUUAUAAAAAUUAUGUUGAGUAACAUUGGUUUGUUUUUCCAUUGCUUCAGCCUUCAGCAUUAAUUCAGCAAGGAGUUGGAAGGACAUACACGAGGCUUAGGGGAUCAAAGAAGAGUGCUUCAAGAAGCUGAAGAAAGCAAUAGUACUAUUGCUGCUUCCACUUUAGGAGUUAAAGUUUUUGUUUAUCUUGUGAAGGCACAAUGUCAUAAACGUGCCUUACUACUGGAUGGUUAUUCAAUCAACUUGGAUGUAUUUUUAUAGGCAAACUUUUAGUAAGAUAUUAGAUUUGUUAUGGUUGGUUUUAGUAAUGAAAAUGGCAAAAAGUA